ACAAAAAUAAUUUGUAUAUCGGUGUUUUAACUAUCAAAGGAAAUACAAUAUGUGUAACCGAGAACUACAUGUAUAUGCACUACUAUACUAUACUGACUAAGACAACGUUGUUUAAAUUUAACGUGUGCUUAUCCAAGCUGACUAUGAUUACACUAUAUACACUGUGAGUAAAAUGCAUUUGGAUUGAAAAUGAGACAACAAUGUGGUGGAAACGGUUCAAAAAUAGUAACUGCAAUAGUGUUAUGUGUUCUUGCUUUAGUUUGGAUGAUUUCAAGUAAGAAUUCGAUACCUAUUUAUUCCGAUGGUUUAAUUCAAAACAAAAUCGGAAAGAGUAUUCAGAAGAACAAAAUUCAGAACGACCCAGGAAAUAAAGCAAUUAUGCGAAAUAACGAAAUGGGAAAAGACAAUGGAGGAAUACACAAAAUACCUAAUGACGAAACAGUUAUUGCGCGUGCUAAUAAUCCAAAACAAGGAUUCCAUAAUCAUAAACCGUUACCGGCUGAAGCGGGACCAAAUACUGAUCAAGAAUUGAAUGGUGAGAAAUUAUCGGCUGUCGAUUUGCUCGCUGUUAGAUCUUCAAAAGAAUAUGUUGAAAAGGAAAUGGAAAAAUUAAAUAGAGAAAAAGUAGCAGCAGACGACCCAAGACUUGUGACAAUGAUACGAAAUCAUUUCAUUAAACCACCAUCUGAUCAGCCGUACAACCUUCACGACACAAACAAACUUGAUACUUCACUGGGACAGGCUGCCUUCGUUGACAAUAGGCUCGGAUUUCAAGAAAAUGGAUUUUUUGUUGAAAGUGGGGCUCACGACGGAGAAUAUUUAUCAAACACACUUUUCUUGGAAAGAACUAGACAUUGGACUGGAGUGUUGAUAGAACCUCUGCCUCGUCCAUUUAAAGCGCUGCAAGAAAAGCACCGAAAAGCAUACACUAUCAACGCAUGUUUAAGUAUUCAUCCAUAUCCUUCUAUGGAAUAUCUAACAGCUGAACCAGUGUUGGGGAGAAUAGUGCAUAAAUCAAAAGUUUCUCAAAGGUUUAACAAAAUGGGAGAAGUCCUUGUCCAGUGUUUUCCGCUACAUUCUAUACUUCUUGCAUUGAAUCAAUCGCAUGUAGACUUUCUCAGCCUUGAUGUUGAAGGAGUUGAAAAACAAGUUCUUGAUGCAAUCCCCUGGAACAAAGUGGAUAUCAGAAUGUUGGCUGUUGAAUUCGAUAAAUGGCCUGGAGGUAAAGACGCAUUAUGUAAAUACAUGAAAAGCAAGAAUUAUGAAUGUUCGGUGACGCUUCAGGCUCAAGCUGCGGCGGAUGUUAUAUUUCGUAAGACUUUCACUGACAUGGCAAAUAAGUUCUUUUUCAACAAAAGAUUUUGUAUACUAGUUUUCUUUAUAGUUUGCAUAAUUGCAGUUUGGAUUAAGUUAACUGGUAAUAACUUUUCACCUUACUUCGAACACGAACACGAAUUAAGUUAUCAAUUUAAUUUAAAGAAUAUCAAGAAAAAUAUUUCAACUUACCUGAAAAUAGAUAAUAAUUCUGAAAACUUUAAAGAAUAUGAGAUAAAUUUUGAAGCGGAAAUGGAAGAGCUGAAUAAAGAACAAGUAGCGGCAGAUGAUCCUCGUCUGGUAAAAUUGAUAAAGAAUUAUUUCAUUGUGGCACCUUCAGAUCUGCCGUACGAUCUUGAUGAUAUGGAUACAUUAGAUACUUCAAAGGGACAAGCCGCCUUCGUCGAUAAUAGAUUUGCAUUCAAAGAAAAUGGAUUUUUUAUUGAGAGUGGAGCAUAUGACGGAGAAUAUCUGUCAAACACACUUUUCUUGGAAAGAUCGCGUCAUUGGACCGGAGUGUUGAUAGAGCCCCUCCCAGACGUAUUCCAGACGUUGCAAAAGAAAAACAGAAAAGCAUAUACUGUUAAUGCGUGCCUAAGUUUACACAAAUACCCAUCAAAGGAAUAUAUUACAACUACACCAGUGCUUGCAAAAGUUUUGAAAACUAAUUUUACCCAUAAGAAUGCUGUCAAAGUUCAAUGUUUACCGUUAUAUUCGAUCAUGCUGGCAUUAAAUCGAACAAACGUGGAUUUUGUCAGCCUUGACAUUGAAGGGGCCGAGGAGAGCGUCCUUGACACACUUCCCUGGGACAAAGUUAACAUAGAGAUGUUUUGUAUUGAAUAUGAUAAGUGGAAUGGGGGAGAAAUUGUUUUGCGCAACUAUAUGGAAAGCAAAGGAUAUGAACAUUUAAUGAGCAUGUCAGCUUACCGCGCAAGAGAUAUAAUAUUCCGUAAGAAAAAUCAGAAGACCUGACACACAGACAAUCCAACCAAUCAGAAGCCGUGAAACACGGACAAUGCUACCAGUCAGAAGCCCCGACACACGGAAACCCCCACCAAUCAAGAGCCCUGACACACGGACAAUCCUACCAAUCAGAAGCCGUGAAACACGGACAAUGCUACCAGUCAGAAGCCCCGACACACGUAAAAUCCCACC